AUGACUACCGUUAAAACGACGACGUACAACGAGGCCUGGAAUGGCGCAAAGCAAUACCUCACCCAGCGUCUGGGAAGCACCCAAGGACAAGGCCAAGAUGCGGACUUUGGCAUCCCCAUCAUCGACAUUGGCCCAUCGUACUCAUCAAAUCUAGGGGACCGGAAGCAAGUUGCCGAACAGAUUCGAAAGGCUUGUGUCACCUCUGGCUUCUUCUACAUUACGAACCAUGGCAUUGACAAACAGGCAUGCCAAGGAAUUAUCCGUCAAGGACAGCGACUGUUCAAGGAGCUAUCUCGUGAACAGAAAGAAGCCAUCUCGUUGAAGAAAUCGCCCUACGGAUAUGGCUGGGAAGACGCCACUUCGACGAGCCUCCAGAACGAUGUCGAAGAGUCGAAGGAGGGCUUCAAUUGGAGCUAUGAAGAAGACCUUGACCCCGCUGGUGGCGAUGGCGGGUAUGUCCAGAUUGAUGGCAGCACGGCUACGCAUGUCAACCAAUGGCCAAGUGAGAAGGAUCUUCCCGGAUUCUACGAUGGGAUCAAGCACUAUUAUGGCCCUGCUUUGCAGCUGGCGAGGCAUCUUUGCAAGCUAUUUGCAAUAUCCUUGAGUCUGCCUGAGGACUACUUCGGUCCAAUGAUCACACAUCCAAGUGGCAAUUCUCGAUUUAUGUACUAUCCACCAAGCAAGAACCCCGGCCCUCUGAACGAUUCUUCAGCAAGCGGCGAGAUUGGUCUGGGAGCACACUCUGACUACCAAGUCUUUACGAUCUUGCUCUGCUCUUCGACACCUGGGCUGGAGAUCCUCUCGCCAAGUGGCCGUUGGAUUACUGCACCUACCGUCGAGAAUGGCAUCAUUGUCAACAUUGGCGACAUGAUGAUGAGAUGGACCAAUGACAUAUACAAGAGCACGGUCCAUCGAGUGGUGAAUAGGACCGCAGCGGCGAGGUACAGCAUGCCGCUAUUCUUUGGUAUCAACAAUGACCAGAUAGUUGAGACUCUGCCAAGCUGCGUGAGUGAAACGAACCCAUCGAAAUACGGACCCAUCAAAGCAGGAGAGUACGUGCUGCAGAGACUAGCCACUACGAGAAACUAUUAG